UUAUCUCCUCUUUCUCACCAUCUCUGCAGAUAGCAUUUAUUUAUUUCAGGUACUUAUCAGUCACUAAAAUGUCCGCAGUCUCUGGUCAUCUCCUGUACUGUGUCCGUCUGUCUCUGGUCAUCUCCUGUACUGUGUGUCCGCAGUCUCUGGUCAUCUCCUGUACUGUGUCCGCAGUCUCUGGUCAUCUCCUGUACUAUGUCCGCAGUCUCUGGUCAUCUCCUGUACUAUAUCCGCAGUCUCUGGUCAUCUCCUGUACUAUGUCUGCAGUCUUUGGUCAUCUCCUGUACUAUAUCCGCAGUCUCUGGUCAUCUCCUGUACUAUGUUUGCAGUCUCUGGUCAUCUCCUGUAUUGUGUCCGCAGUCUCUGGUCAUCUCUUGUACUAUGUUUGCAGUCUCUUUCAUCUCCUGUACUAUGUCUGCAGUCUCUGGUCAUCUCCUGUACUAUGUCUGCAGUCUCUGGUCAUCUCCUGUACUAUGUCUGCAGUCUUUGGUCAUCUCCUGUACUGUAUAUGUCUGCAGUCUCUGGUCAUCUCCUGUACUGUGUUUGCAGUCUCUGGUCAUCUCCUGUACUGUGUCUGCAGUCUCUGGUCAUCUCCU